UAGCGUCAUUUGCGUAGAGGUCAUUUUGUCUGUACAUGAACAUCCUCACCUACACUGGUGCCAAAACAGACAUGACAUCGUCGGUGUUCGUUUGCUGGGUGUUCCUCGUAGGCCUGGCGUUUGGCCAGGAUCAGACUCGAGUUCCAGGAACAUCUGGCGAGGAGGUUGCGGAAGCUGUGGUGAAUAAGAUCCGGGAAUCUUGUAUCUUCCCUCACGACAAGCUCUUCCUCAGACGCCUGGCAUACGUGGCUUCCCACGAUGGAACAGACGUUAAAACGUACAGACCUGGCUAUGAUGGGGGAAUUUGGCAGAUCGACCAGGACAAGUUCAACAUGAUCAAGAACUCUGGCACCCUGUUCGCGGACGUCAACACACAGUUUGCCAUCGACUGGAAUACAGUUCAGUGGUCAGAUCUCAGGAAGCCUCUGUACUCCGGACUCGCUGCUGCUCUCUAUCUGACCACCAUUACCGAACCCCUCCCACAGGGUGUAGAGAAGCAAGGCUCUUUCUAUGGGAAAUACUUCUUCGUUGAUCCCCAUGCUGCAAACCUAUUCUACAGAGGUUCAAAAAGUUUUGAUACAGUCUGUGCAAGAACUGACCUGGACAUUGCCUUUCUGGUGGACGCCUCGUCUAGUCAGGCUCCGGAGGAUUUCGACAGUGCCAAAAAGUUCGCUCAUGAAGUCGUCGACAACUUCAAAAUUGGUACAGAUGAUGUUCGUGUCGCUUUCGUGACAUUCAGCACCGGCUUCAAGUCCCAGUUUGCCUUCAACCAAUACAACGACAAAGUUUCCCUCGAGAAUGCAAUUGAUGGCAUCGUUAUGGACAAUGGGGAAACGGAUACCGAUGAAGCCCUGAACUAUGCUUCUGAACACCUCUUCACACCUGCCAUGGGUGCCAGAGACGGAUCGUCCAAAGUGAUUGUUCUCCUGACGGAUGGCCAGUCGAGUAACCCGAGGCAAACUGUGUAUGCGGCUUUGGGUGCAAGGAACAAAGGAAUCACUAUUUUCGCCAUUGGUGUUGGUGAUGGUAUCGACAGCACAGAGCUGAGGAAUGUCGCCAACAAGCCCUACUGUACCCAUGUGAUAGAACUUAAGGGCUACUCUGACCUUGGUGCUCUUGUCGAUCAAAUGCAGCAGGUUUCUUGUAAAGCACCCACUGUCCUCAACCAUGGCAUCUAUAAGUACCAAUGCUCGAAAGGCGGAAUGUACCAGAUUGUAACAAAUGGCUCGCUCGUACAAGUCUCUAUUGAUGUUUCUGACGGAAUGGUGGACAUCUAUGGCUCGCUGAGCAAUCCCUCCCCAAACAAAGCAGACACCGAUUUUCUCAGUAAUGCAGUUGUCACUACAGCAUCCGUGGUUCUGAUCGACCAGGAACUGAAACCACUGUACCUCAACAUCACACCUACUGGGCCACCCACUGGCUGCACCGGCAACUACACCAUAAGGAUCGGCAACGUUGAAAAGGUCAAUCCAGGCGUGUCUGUCACGUGCGUCGAGCGAGACUCGGCGAGACCUUGCGAUAUUUCGAAUAUCUACCGACACUUCUACCAGUACUAUAGACCCCCAUACUACUUCCCCAGUCCCUGUACCCCUGGACGACCAGGCUUCAAGAUUCACCCAAUAGACCAGACCAAGUUCAUCAUCUGUGGCCCGACAGGUAUCUAUGAGUUCCAGUGUAAUCCUCACUACGUGUAUGACCCUCGAAUUAACGACUGCUUCCCCGGGGAAGCCAGCACUCCCACAACGCCGACAACUACUCCUACAACCACAACCACAACUACAACCACAACCACAACUCCAAGAGCUCCACCUAGCACCGCGUCUCUUUACAACCCUUGCAGUUUGGCGACGCGAGCCCAGUUCUUCCCAUACCCUCCCGAUCCUACCAAAUACAUCGACUGUUCCAACUGGCCCAAUUAUGGCUACCUCAUGUCCUGCGAGACAGGGAAGAUCUGGGACCAGAUGGACCUCACAUGUAUAUACAGAUAUCCGGUUAAGCCGACCGAUAAAACCUUGGACAAGGGCUUGCCUAACCCCUGCCCUCAUCCCUUAGUGACCGGAGAUCUGUUCUACUACCCGCACCCGACGGAUAAGCACAUGUUCAUCCACUGUGACCAAUACGGUGAUGCUUAUGAGAAGAAUUGUCCAGGCACAGAGGUUUGGAGGCAGUCCGUCCUGCAAUGCCUGCCUGAGGGUUUCAUUAUUGGUCGCGGUCACAUCAUGUAUUGUUUAUUGGCCAGCCUUCUUUUUGGGUUGGGCGCGGCCAUCGUUCAGGAUCAGACUCGAGUUCCAGGGGCAUCUGGAUCUGAGGUGACAGAGGCUGUGGUGAACAGAAUCACAGAGUCGUGUCUGUUCUCUGACGAUAAACUGUUCCUCAGACGCCUGGCAUUCGUGGAGACGCAUGAUGGAACAGACCCAAAGACCUACAGACCUGGGUAUGAUGGGGGAAUUUGGCAGAUCGACCAGGACAAGUUCAACAAGAUCAAGAACUCUGGCACCCUGUUUGCGGACGUCAACACACAGUUUGCCAUCGACUGGAAUACAGUUCAAUGGUCAGAUCUCAGGAAGCCUCUGUACUCCGGACUCGCUGCUGCUCUCUAUCUGACCACCAUUACCGAACCCCUCCCACAGGGUGUGGAGAAGCAAGGCACAUACUACAGGAAAUACUUUCAUGAUGACCCCCACUCAGCUCACAACUACUACACGGCAGCGAAACAACUAAACAUUGUCUGUUCGCGAACCAACCUGGAUCUGGCUUUUCUAAUGGACGCAUCGGGAAGUGUCUCAAUGGAUGACUUUGAGAGUGCCAAAAGAUUUGCUCGUGACGUUAUCAAAAUAUUUCAAAUUGGCCUAACUGAUGUGAGGGUAGCGUUCAUCUCCUUCAGUACUGGUUACAGGUCCGAGUUCAACUUCAUGGAAUACACGACGAAAGAUGAAGUUCUUGGCGCCAUCGACAAGGUCACCAAAGCAGGCGGUGGAACAGACACUGACCUGGCCUUGAACUUUGCUUCUGAAGAUCUCUUCACUGAUGCCAUGGGUUCUCGGAAUGGUUCCUCAAAGGUUAUUCUCCUGGUGACAGAUGGUAAAUCAAAUGCAAGUUCAAGGACAGUGGCUGCAGCCCGGAGAGCUCGCAAAAAGGGCAUCGUCAUCUUUGCCAUCGGUGUUGGUCGCCACGUGGACAACAUUGAGUUGGUGGGCGUGGCGAACACGCCAUCAUGUACACAUGUGAUAGUGUUGUCGGAAUAUUCAGACCUUACUGCUCUUGUAAGUGAAAUACAGGAACGAUCUUGUAAAGCGCCAGCGAUUCUGAAGACAGGAUCCUACACCCUUUCUUGCUCUAAGGAUGAACUGUACCAGAUUCUCACAGACGGUCCCAACACCCAAGUCACGGUCAGCGUGGAAAAUGGACACGUGGAUAUAUACGGGUCGUCAAGUUAUCAGUCACCCAGCAUAGCUGUCAACAGUUUCCACAGUACCGCCUUUCCAGGAAUCCCAAGCGUGGUGCUUCAGGAUUCAGGCCAGGAUGCGCUGUAUCUGAAUGUGACAGCGUCAGGACAUGCCUGUACUGGCAAAUACACCAUUACAGUCGGCGACCUGGAGUGGGUGGCACCCUAUGUGUCGGUGAUUUGUGUUAAAAGUGCCUUAGCCGAUCUAUGCUCUGUGACGGAUAUCUACAGACACAUCUACCAGUUCCUGCCUCCACCGUACAGCAUCCUCAAUCCUUGCAAGCCAGGGUUCCCCACAAACAAGCCGCAUCCCCUGGACCAGACAAAGUUCAUCUUCUGCAGCAUCAACGGAACCGGCUUCGUUUUCCAGUGUCCACCCCACCACGUCUACAACGUCGUCACCAUGAACUGCAUCCUUGGAGAGCCAUCAACAACUACCACCACCACCACAACAACAACAACAACAUCAACAACAACCUCAACUACAACAACCACCACAACCCCAUCUACAACAACGCCUACAACCACAACUACUGAAGACAGCACUUUCUACCCUACAACCUUCCUUCCAGGCAACCCAUGCACCAGGGAACAUCUUGCAGCGGGUCUUUUCCUUUUUGCUUACCCUCCUGACGAAACGAAAUAUAUAGACUGCUCCGUCUUUCCAAAUGUUGGGUUUAUCAAAAAGUGUGACGCUGAGAAGGUAUGGGACGAACUGGAUUUGACGUGCAGGUUCAAAUAUGUGAUCAUCAACCAGACUGCCCUGAUCUUUGAUAGGGCGAUUCCCAGCCCCUGCCGACCCCAUCUGAACACGGGAUCGCUGUUUUUCUUUCCUCACCCUACCGACAGACAGAAGUACAUUCACUGUGACCAGUACGGAAAUGCUUUUGAAAAACUUGUCCUGAGAAUGAGUUUUGGCACGAGGAGGUUCUCUUGUGCAUUCCUGAAGGAUUAAUAAUUGGUUAACGUAUUUACUAUAAAAUCCCGUUAUCCCGAGGUACUUUCCUUGUCGUCACAAUUAUAAAAUAUACACAUUUGUUAAUACAUCGCAUAAAAUACUUUGAUUAUAGUUUAUAAAAGGGGCGCGGGGGGAGGGGGCUCUGACGGUUUGUAAAAUCUAAGCUGUAGCUGAUCAAAAUUCCUUUUUAAGUGAACACCGGAAACAAAUGUGCAACUACGACCGAAUUUUAAGUUUGGAAACCGGUUUUAAUUUGUGCUGAUGAAGGCAAAUUUAUUGGUUUGGUCCUGUAUGGUAAGAUACCAAUCAAAAGCUGUGGGUCAUGCAAUUUGUUUUCACUUAAUUAAGUCAUAAAUUGUAUCAAAUAAAAACAAAUAACAUUAUGCACUAUUUUUAAUGAUGACUUAUGCCGACAUGCUGAGUUUGUUUGGACAUUAUAUCCUCAAUUUUCAAUUGAUGAUGCAUAUAAUAAAAUCAGUUGAGACGUGUA